AUGAGGGCGAACUCCGCAGACUUAUUGAACGAGUGCAUAUGGUUGUUCGCAGAUUCUGGGUGUGUCUGGACAUGUCUCCGCACAAGACGUUUCUGGCAAGCUGCAAAGCAUGUCGGAAUCGAAAACGGUACAACGCGAAUUACCGGCACAUCUCCGACGUAUUUCCACCAAACGCGCCGCGGCAGAAAGGACCUUGAGCGGAAAGAUCCACAUCCACCGAUGGAUAUACUGAAGCACUGGAUGAUGGAGAAGGAGGAGUCUGUUAUGGAAACUGCCGGUACCGCUGUCGGGAUUGAUGAGACUAAAAACUACGGCAUUCUCAAAAGAAUGACUCCAAGGCCUGAGGGAAGAAUUGGUCAGAUCAUCACCAUCCAAGUCGAUAAAUUCUUCGUCUACCACGUCACCCGACUUGGGACACAUACGGAUACUGCGCCUGCUCCGGAUACGAGCCAACGAGGGGAGGGAUUGCCAGUAAACGUUUUGCCGUAG